UUUGACUUGUAGCGUCACUUCAAGGGAGAACUCCGCGUAAUCCAAAGCAAAUAAUCAUGUCUUUUACAUGUAGAAGUAUUCACUAUUAAUGUCAUUUGGAUAGUGGAAGCUUAGUGUUUACUUAAAUGUCAAGUCAACUGGAUUCAUCAACAAUGUCUGUUGAUGAAGAGUCAUUCCCUUCUCCACCAGAAGACACCCUUCUUGAUAUUUUUAUACAUUGGUUUUUAGUUUUAGCUGCUAUUAUUCAAGUGAUUUUUAUAUUCUCUGCAAUGUUUUAUUCUAACAACGACACUGGUGUAUCUAGUCAUCCAAAUAUUGUAAAUCGAGGUAAAAAGUUAAAGAAAGCUAAAAAGCACUAGUCGACAAUAUUUUGAAUAACUUAGCAUUUUAAGAAAUUAAUCAUGGCAACUUGAUAUUUCAGGUCAACUUGAUGUAUUUAUGCAUUUAUUCUUGUUUGAUUUAUAUGUGCUAACGUAGUCAUUCUGUGUUUUCUCUUCUAUUUUGUUUGUCUUUCUCUCUUUUCUCCGAACAAGUCUAUUAUGGGUAAUGUUCUUUACUUAUUUUUUACAUCUUUUUUGUAACUAUGUGAUCAUUAUUAUUAUUAUUGAUGAUGUUUAAUGUUAACAUUGCACAACCAUGUCAAAUACUCUGUACUAUCUUUAUUACUGAAAUACAAAA